CAGGCCAGGCUUGGCCAGCCCAGGCCUGAACAGGCAGUGGCCAGAGUGACCCCAACAGAGUGUCCAGGGACUCAGGCCUCUGAUCAAGUUACCCCCAGAGGAUCAGAGAGGUAGAGAGAGCUGAACCUCUCAUUUAGGAGGGCUGGGGAGAAGAGGGAAUUCUUGAGAUCGCAUUCCCAGGCUCAAAUAGAGGAGGAAAGUGGACAAAGACGUAGUGAAGGGGUUGACGAAGGAGAAGCAUUCAGAGGGCACUGGCUUCUGGACAGCAAUGAGUGCCCGGGCCACGCGGCCCCGAAGCCGGCGAGGGAGGCAUGCUCCACCCGGUGAACUGGAUCCCGUGGCUGAGAGUUCAGAGGAGGUCGAGGCAGCCAGUGGAAGCUCCAAGCCCAGCUUUGCCCCACCUCCGGUGAGCUCCGGGCUGGAGCAGCUGGGCCCCAUGGAGGAGGUCAGUGGCCAAGGCCUAGGAAGCAGGACUGACAAGAAGACGGAUGGGGGCUCUGGCAGGGAACUGGCCUCAGCCCCCGAAGUGCCCCACAAACCUGCAGUGGAAGCCCACCAAGCCCCAGAAGCAGCCCUACAGUACAAGGAGACUGUGCCCCCUGGGAAUGGGGCCCCCGAUGUGUUUCAGACCCUCCAGCACGCUCUGAGCUCCCUGGAGGCAGCGGCUGCAGCCUGGCGCCACCGGCCCCCCAGCCAUCCUGGGCCGAUGGAGUUGGAAGGCACAAGCGAAGGGGGACCAGGUCCCCUUGGGAAGCAGGAAGGGGCAGGGAGCUGCCAGCGAGAGGCAGCUCGCCUGGCCAAGAGGAAUGCCUGGCUCCGGCUGGCCCUGAGUAGCCGAGAGGAUGAGCUGGUCCGCACGCAGGCCUCCCUGGAGGCCAUCCAAGCUGAGAAGGAGACGCUGCAGAAAGAGGUUCAAGAGCUGCAGGAUUCCCUCUUGAGGCUGGAGCCCUGCCCACGUCUUUCCCACAGCCAAGCAGGUGGCUCAGGCAGUGGUUCUAGCAGCUCUGAGGCAGACAGGGAACCCUGGGAGACUCAGGACUCCUUCUCCCUGGCUCACCCCCUGCUUCGGCGCCUCCGCAGCCAUUCCAGCACCCAGAUCCUUGGGUCUCUUCCCACCCAGCCCCUCAGUCCUGAGAUGCACAUCAUGGAAGCCCAGAUGGAGCAAGUCCGGGGGAGCAUUGAGAAGCUCAAAUGCUUUAACCGUCUGCUAUCAGCUGUGCUCCAGGGAUACAAGGGCCGCUGUGAAGGCCUCAGCAUGCAGCUAGGCCAGCGGGAGGCUGAGGCCACAGCAUUGCAUCUGGCCUUGCAGUACAGUGAGCACUGUGAAGAGGCAUACGGGGUUCUGCUUGCUCUGCGGGAGGCCGACUCAGGAGCAGGAGACGAAGCCCCCAUGAGUGACCUGCAAGCAGCUGAAAAGGAAGCAUGGAGGCUGCUGGCACAAGAGGAGGCUGCCAUGGAUGCAGGAGGAGCACAGAAGAAUCCACAGCCAAGCCCUGAAGGCAGCAGUGUGGAUAAGCCCACCCCACAGGAAGUGGCUUUCCAGCUCCGAAGCUAUGUCCAGCGUCUCCAGGAGCGCCGUUCUCUAGUGAAGAUUCUCUCAGAGCCUGGACCCACCUUGGCACCCAUGCCCACUGUGCCCCGUGCAGAAGCCAUGGUGCAGGCCAUUCUGGGGACCCAGCCUGGCCCAGCUCUUCCCCGAAUGGAGAAGACACAAAUUCAGCAGGACCUGGUGGCCACAAGGGAGGCCCUAGCAGACCUGAUGCUUCGGCUGCAGCUGGUGCGGCGUGAGAAGCGGGGCCUAGAGCUGCGGGAGGCUGCCCUCCGAGCCCUGGGUCCAGCUCACGUGCUCCUGCUGGAGCAGCUGCAGUGGGAACGGGCGGAGCUCCAGGCUGGUGGGGCAAACAGCAGUGGCGAACAUAGCAGCAGAGGUGGCAGCAGCGGGGACGAGGAAGAGUGGUAUCAGGGCCUUCCUGCUGUCCCUGGUAGCACCAGUGGCAUUGAUGGUGGCCAGGUGGGCAGAGCCUGGGACCCAGAGAAGUUAGCCCAGGAACUGGCAGCAUCGCUCACCAGGACACUGGACCUGCGGGAGCAGCUGCAGUCUCUGCGCAGGGAGCUGGAACGGGUGGCUCAGAAGGGGCGAGCCAGACGGUCUCAGAGUGCCGAGCUGAACAGGGAUUUAUGCAAAGCCCACAGUGCCCUGGUCCUGGCCUUCCGAGGAGCCCACCGGAAGCAGGAAGAGCAACGCCGGAAGUUGGAGCAGCAGAUGGCACUCAUGGAGGCUCAGCAGGCCGAGGAGGUGGCGGUGCUCGAAGCCACUGCAAGGGCCCUGGGGAAGCCCAGGCCUCCCCUCCCGCCUCCCCAGCUUGGGGACACCUUUCUGUAGGCCCCUUACCCAGCCAUGUCUGGACAUGCCAGACAGCUGUGGCAUGUCAUAAACUGUCCUGGAGUGACAUCAUGUCAUGUUGCAUGAUUUGGCAUGUUGGGGCACAUUUGGCGUGAGGGAAGCUGGUGCACAUGGGUGUCCAGGGCCUGAUGGGGUGUGGCCAGGCAAUGAAGAAAGACUCAGGUGUCUUUGGCCUGGCACCAAGUGGAAUGUGAACUUCAUAUCAGUGGGGUCAGGCCAGAAGCAACCUGGGCUAUGGGACCAGGUCCCUGGGACUGACGCAUUUUGGGGGUCCGUGAGGUUGCAUAGCCACAGCUGAAGUUCCAACUGGCCUGUCUCCCGAAGCCCAGGGAGGGAUUCAUGGGGACUGGACAGAGCUUCUCCUGGCAGCCCCUUCCCAGGGAGAUGCUGGGUUUGGCUGGCAGAUUUUCCUGAAGGGGGCCGGGCUCAGUGGUGCACAUCUGUAAUCCCAGCAUUUUGGGAGGCCAAGGUGGGUAGAUCACUUGAGCCCAGGAGUUCAAGACCAGCCUGGGCAACAUGGCAAAACCCCAUUUCUACAAAAAAAUACAAAAAUUAGCCAGGCGUGGUGGCAUGUGCCUAUAAAGCUAUUUAGGAGGCUAAAGUGGGAGGGUAACUUGAGCUUGGGAAGUGGAGGUUGCAGUGAGCUGAGAUCACGCCACUGCACUCCAGUCUGGGUCACAGAGUAAGACCUUGUCUCAAAAAAAAAAAAAACAGGCCAGGCGUGGUGACUCAUGCCUGUAAUCCCAGCACUUUGGGAGGCUGAGGCGGGGAGGAUCACCUGAGGUCAGGAGUUUGAGACCAGCUUGGCCAACAUGGCGAAACCCCCGUCUCUACUAAAAAUACAAAAAUUAGCUGGGUGUGGUGGUGUGUGCCUGUAGUCCCAGCUACUCAGGAGGCUGAGGCAGGAUAAUUGCUUGAACCUGGGAGGCAGACGUUGCAGCGAGCUGAGAUCAAGCCACGGCACUCCAGUUUGGGUGACAGAAUAAUACCUUGUCUCAAAAAAACAAAACAGGGCUGGGCACGGUGGCUCACGCCUGUAAUCCCAGCAUUUUGGGAGGCCAAGGUGGGCAGAUCACGAGGUCAGAAGAUAGAGGCCAACAUGGUGAAACUGUUGUUUCACAUCUGUACUAAAAAUACAAAAAUUAGCUGGGCGUGGUGGUGCGUGCCUGUAAUCCCAGCUACUCGGGAGGCUGGGGCAGGAGAAUCGCUUGAACCAGGGAGUCGGAGGUUGCAGUGAGCCGAGGUUGUGCCACUGCACUCCAGCCUGGUGACAGAGCAAGACUCCAUCUCAAAAAACAA